AGGUACCUUGAAAAUUGCAGAAUGACCUUCGAGAAAAUACUUGCGGAAUUGACUAUCGAUGGUCAGAACUGGAGGUUUUUCGACUUGCCCGCUUUGAAUGACGAACGCUAUGAAAAACUACCUUUUUCAAUCCGCGUGUUGCUUGAAUCAGCGAUUCGCAAUUUGGAUGGCUUUCAAGUUAAGGAGAAGGAUGUACAGAAUAUUCUUGACUGGGAAAAGUUGCAUACUGACCCCGAUGGAGUUGAGAUCCCUUUCAGACCAGCGAGGGUAAUUCUUCAGGAUUUGACGGGCGUUCCAGCCGUGGUUGAUUUUGCGGCGAUGAGAGAUGCGGUUGCUGGUCUGGGAGGGGAUCCCGCGAAGAUCAAUCCUUGUUGUCCUGUGGACCUCGUGAUCGAUCAUUCGAUUCAAGUGGACUUCGCGAGAGCGUGUGUAGCCCCCCCGGAUGCCUUAUCGAAAAAUGAAGAAAUCGAGUACAGGAGGAACAAGGAGAGAUUCACGUUCUUGAAGUGGGGCGCAAAAGCGUUGAAGAAUCUGACAAUUGUUCCUCCUGGGUCUGGAAUCGUUCAUCAAGUAAACCUUGAAUUUUUGGCACGCGUUGUUUUCGAUAACGAAGAAGAUCGUCUUUUGUACUGCGACUCGCUGGUCGGGACAGACUCUCAUACCACCAUGAUCAACGGACUUGGAGUCCUUGGUUGGGGAGUUGGUGGGAUCGAGGCCGAAGCUGUUAUGCUUGGGCAAGCCAUUUCAAUGGUUCUUCCUCCAGUCGUUGGGUACCGAAUUCUAGGAGAGUUGUCUCCAUUGGCUACGUCGACGGAUGUCGUACUGUACAUUACCAAGGCAAGUUACUUGAAUGCCUCAUCGUUGGACAUGUUCAAGAAGGCAACCAUCAGCAAUAUGUGCCCCGAGUACGGUGCUACUACGGCUUUUUUCCCAGUGGAUCAAACUACCAUUGACUACUUGAUUCAGACGAAUAGGGAUUCGGUGAAAAUCAGUGUCAUGAAGAAAUACCUGGAGCUUGUGAAGAUGUUCCGCAAUUUUGCGGAUAGUACGCAAGAUCCCGUCUUUUCUACUGUUGUUGAAUUGGACCUGUCGUCGGUUGUGCCUUCUGUCAGUGGGCCGAAGCGUCCUCAUGACAGGGUGCCCGUUGCUGAAAUGCGGAAAGAUUUUCAAUCUUGCCUUGUAAAUCCGGUUGGUUUUAAGGGAUAUGCCGUUAGUCCUGAGAAGUUGGAUACCACUGUGUCUUUCCAAUUCGAAGGACAUGAAUAUUCGAUCGGACAUGGGUCUGUCGUUAUUGCUGCCAUUACGUCGUGCACCAACACCAGUAAUCCGUCAGUCAUGCUUGGAGCAGGGUUGCUGGCGAAAAAUGCGAGAGCCGCUGGACUCUCUGUUCCUCCCUACAUAAAAACUAGCCUCAGUCCGGGAUCAGGAGUAGUAACGCGUUAUUUAGAUGCAAGUGGCGUGAGUGCAGACUUGGAUGCGUUGGGAUUCCAAACAGUUGGCUAUGGUUGCAUGACCUGUAUCGGCAACAGUGGUCCUCUGGAUGAAGCGGUUGGAGCUGCUAUUGAAAAGGGAGAGCUGAUAUGCUGUGGUGUGCUUUCUGGAAACCGAAAUUUUGAGGGAAGGAUUCACCCACUCACAAGAGCCAAUUAUCUCGCAUCGCCGCUGCUUGUGAUUGCCUAUGCCUUGGCAGGCACUGUCGACAUCGAUUUUGAAACACAGCCUAUUGGAAAAGGCGAAAAGGGCGAAGUUUACUUGAGGGACAUAUGGCCGACACGUCAAGAAAUUCAGCGUGUGGAACGAGAAUGCGUCUUGCCGAGCAUGUUUAAAGAAGUUUACGGAAAAAUUUCGGAAGGAAAUAAGCAAUGGAACAUGUUGCAGAGCUCAGAGGGCAUGCUUUAUCAAUGGGACAGCAGUUCCACUUACAUUAAAAAUCCUCCUUUCUUCACUACGAUGAAAUUGGAGUUGCAACCUGUUGGAAGUGUACAAAACGCCCGAGUUUUGUUAAACUUGGGAGAUUCUGUCACUACUGACCAUAUUUCCCCAGCCGGUAGCAUUGCGAGGAACAGUCCGGCUGCAAGAUAUCUUGCUUCCAAAGGCCUUGUGCCGCGGGAUUUCAACUCCUACGGCAGCCGCCGCGGAAAUGAUGCGAUUAUGGCGCGUGGAACUUUUGCUAACAUUCGACUUGUGAACAAGUUUAUGGCAAAACCCGGCCCGCAAACCAUUCACUUGCCAACUCAGCAAGAAAUGGACAUAUUCGAUGCGGCCGAAGCGUACAAAUCCACGGGUACUCCGUUGAUCGUACUUGCUGGAAAGGAUUAUGGUUCUGGGUCAUCUCGGGACUGGGCAGCCAAAGGUCCAUUCCUCUUGGGCAUCAGAGCAGUCAUCGCAGAAUCCUACGAAAGAAUCCAUCGUAGCAAUUUAGUCGGCAUGGGAAUAAUUCCACUUCAAUACCUUGAGGGACAGACUGCGGAAAGCUUGGGUUUGACAGGAAGAGAAAUUUUGUCGAUUGAUGUGCCAGAAAAACUGCGUCCUCGGCAGAAAUUAACGGUCAACGUGGAUGACGGAAAAAGUUUCAAUGUCAUAGCGAGAUUCGACACGGACGUCGAAUUGGAGUAUUUUCGAAAUGGCGGGCCUGGAAUGUCGCCGUCACUUUUUUUCUUGGGGUGUCGAGGGGUUUGCGGGGAUUUCGGCCUCAUGCGUAUAAUCUAUUCUUUGCGAGUGUUUGAAGCACCUCUUCCACCAUUCCCGCUGGAUUGGAACAGGUCUGAGUGCGGUCGGCUGGACCGUUACCCGUCUUCUUGUGAGGUUACGAUGGACCCGUCAAACCCGAUCACCCAGGUUUAUCCUGAUGAUUCGGAGGGGCGUACGCACAAUUUGGGUCUACCAGAGAAUGGCACUGGAGACAAAGAUCAAGCAAAGCACGUGAAAAAGAAACGGAGGCGAAAACCGUGCUGCGGUUUUCAGUGGAAGAGUUUGCUGUGCUGCUUUCGAUCGAAGUGUGGUGAUUCGAAAGCAUGUUGUCGAAGCCCGGACGGAGUCAUCCCCAAAGCUGGUGAUGACAGUGAACAGUAUUCUCCGAAUGUCCAAGACUCGACAACAUCACGGUACCUCUUACCUCCGUUGAAGUCGAAUGACGGGGAUAGAAAGUGUUUGAUCAUCGAUCUGGAUGAAACACUAGUGCAUAGUUCUUUCAAGCCUAUCAGCAAUGCUGAUUUUGUGGUACCGGUGGAAAUCGAUGGAGUCGUCCAUCAAGUCUACGUUCUCAAGCGGCCGCACGUUGACGAUUUCCUCCAGAGUGUGGGGAAGUCAUAUGAGUGUGUGCUGUUCACUGCAAGCCUAGCUAAGUACGCUGACCCGGUGGCGGACUUGUUGGACAAGUGGGGCGUGUUUCGAGCACGGCUGUUUCGAGAGGCCUGUGUUUUCCAUCGAGGAAACUAUGUGAAAGACCUGAGUCGCUUGGGUCGUGAGUUGGAGCGAGUCGUCAUUAUCGAUAACUCUCCAGCUUCCUACAUUUUUCAUCCCGACAAUGCCGUCCCGGUUGCGUCAUGGUUCGACGACAUGAGUGACACAGAGCUCUUAGAUCUGAUUCCGUAUAUGGACGCACUAAGCACGACGAAGGAUAUAUACUCGUAUCUGCGCUCGAACCCACACCCCUUGAGUUGCAAACGAACGGAUCGGGAGACUGCCGGUGGGCCCGAAGCGUCGUCUUUACCCGCGACGUCCAGCGGUGCCAUCAUCGCGUCUGUAGAGAAACCCUUGAAUCGACGAGAUGGCGAUGGAGAUGCCGGUGGAGGGAUGCAACAGUUGACGAACGCCGUCGGAAGGUUGACUGUGUACGAAGGUGCUUCUCCGCCCUACGGAAAUAAGGCGGAUUGCUCAGGAUGUCUGGUGUCGUCGCCGUCGGCUACUGUAUCGCCGGUGGGCAGCGAAUACUCUUUCAUGGUAUCCAAUGGAAAUGGCGGCGGGGCGACCGGACCCUCGGGCGACGGAGUUUACGGCCAGUCUGGAUGUUCGACCAAGACCCCGUAGGCCGCGUUGUGUGGGUACCCAUUUUUAACGCUCCCAGGAAAUGUUCUUUUCUCCUCUUAGUAAUAAACUGAACCGAUCCGGUUAACGGACUAAGUGCUCAAGUUUCUUUGCACCCACUCUGCUCGUUCUAUUUUUCAAAGUUGACGUGAGGCCCAAAAGUUCUCCGGCCAUCAAUUUUUUUUUGAGCUUCUGUCGCACGAAAGGACGGCAAACGUAAGGGUUAACUACUUAAUUUGAGUCAGUGAUUUCAUGCUGAAACGAACGAGAAUUAUGCUGCAGGAGUCACAGGUAUCACGAAAUGUUCACGAAAAUAAUUUCUCUUCCCAUCACACUCGAAGAUCUCAUGGGCUCUACCUCUAAUGCUCGAUGAUUUUUUGAAUCCAAGUCAAUUAAUCGAAUCGAUUUCUGCAGUUGAAAGAAGUACUUCGUUCAAGAAGCGCAUAGCCGUUCGAGUGAAAAGCUUUUUUUGGAUUUUCAGCCAACUUUCAAGUAAAUUUGAAAGUGUAUUUAGUCUUUUUUGUCAAUCAUAAAGAACCGAUUGUCCCCGGUGAAAGUUCAGAGUUCUUCGAACUGUCUUUUUAUUGUUUUGUUGAAACCGAAAGUUUCUCUUGGUCGAAAUAGAAUAUGAUAAUCUUGCAUCUGUGGAAAGAAAUGUUGAUGGGAGAGUGAAAAAUGGUUAUUCUCUUUUCGUCCUCUUCAAAAAUCCGUGCUUCCUAUUGUCUGGUUCAAAACAUGUCUAGUACUACGAUGCAGUGAAGGCAGCACAAGACGGUUUAUUUUCCCCAGUUUUAUUUUUUUCCCUUACGUCAGCUGAUCGACGUUCAAAAGCGGUGCAAAAUUAUUUGUUUCGUUGCUAAAGCCGUCUUCAUGCCUGAUGCAAAAUUCUGAUUCACAAAAUUCUGGAAUUCACUUGGGAGGCUUCUCCUGUUUUCUCUCUGGACUUGUCCGAAUUUGCAUUUUCUAUCCCCGUGUGUCGAUGGAAUACAUGUUCCGUUAAUUCGGCAACUUACUUUGAUCGUUGCAACAUACUUUCGAUCUCCCUUCCUAGCAUGAAGAAAGUGUAUUUUAAAACGCAAAAGGCCACAAAAUCCGACAUAUCUUCAAGAGCUGUUUGCUUGAAGCAUCAAGCUUAUAGUAAGCGUUAUUGAUGGUAGAGGAAAUAACGCAAAAACUGGACUGGUUUAACUAUUGUGACGAUGAAGCCUCGCAAGUGAACGCGUAGAAAACAAGAUGUUGGUAUGGCUUAAACUUUCAUACCGGGUGUACCGAUUGGUGGCUGUGACACGACAGAAAAAUGGAAGAGAAAAAAAAUUGCGGUUCGGCAGAUACGAAACUCAGGAGGUGGUUGUGCGUCAAAUACUGUACUGGAUUUGUUGCUGUGUGAAAAAGAUUUUAUGAAGCGCGCACUUCAGCUCUCUUCUUCGAAUGCUCCACCCCAGAAACCUUUUCCGAACAAAACAUGCCGUAUUUACGCGAUCGUAGCCUGCACUUAUACCCAAAAACAUUUUAUGCAAAACUCGGGUGUAUCGUGUACUUUUGAAAUAUUCCAAGAUUGGCCGUACAUUUUUGAAGGUACGACGGUCUUUAUGCGGGAUUACGUUGAUAGGAAGAGAUAGAGUUCUAUGCCGUUGGUCAAAUUCCCCAUUGAUUUCCUUUUUUCCGUUAGUUAUUCCUUCAUUCUAUGUAUUUUGACAAAUCCAUUGUAGUUUGCUUGCCAUUUGAGUCUCUGUGACGUUCCAACAACCGGAUUGAAUGAAAUAUUAUGUUCCUUUAGCUUCUGCAGUUGUUCGUUUUUCUAUAUUUCUCUGUGAUGUUUAACGGAAAUGUAAAUGUGGCUUAUGAUCACGUAAAUAUGGUAAUCUCUUAAUGCCCUGUUUCCCCCUCCCUGAGAAUGGUUCUUAUUGAAGAGUUUGACGGAUGUUUCCUCAUCCCUGUAACGUCAAUACUCAAAAUGUGUGAUGUGAGGUUUGUUUUCCUGACCCCUGGCGGAGUUUGCCGGGUUCUUCCGCGCUUGAGCGCCAGCCCGGGAUUUUGCCGACUUUCGGUCGGGUGCCCUUCAUGUCAUAAAAAGCAAACGUCAACAACCGUCUCAAGCCCGGGAAUUGUAAGGGCCCUGCAGAUGUGGUUCCUUGUGACUGUGAUAUUUUGGAAUCUCGUGCGGGCGCUUUAGGUGGACAGAACCGGUCUCUGCGCAUUCCGCGGAAGAAAAGAAAAAGUUAUACGUAACCAAUGUGCCGCCCAAAAAAAAAGAAGAAAAAACGAGGAGAGAAUACGUUUUUUUUUUUCGUGUGUGUACCCAUUCCGACCUGUCAAGCGCCGUCUAUUAUUUUUUGGGUUGGGGGAGGUGUUCAACGAUCAAGUGCGUAAUUUAUGUCAAUACGUGCCAUGCUUUCUCGAGAUAUUAAUUUUUAAACUUCGCGAAGAUCAGGAAAAACGUUUCAUCCCGUGGCUUUGCCCCAUUGCAUCUGUUCGUUACUUCGCUCUGUUGAACAGGAGUGAAUGAUGAUGAUGGGAAGUGUUGAUGCGUGUGGGAUACACGUUCGAGUUGACGAACAGAUGCAUUGGGCCGUCCAGAGGGAGAGUUUAUCAAAUUGACACGUUGUCCGUCACGGCUAUUAGUGCAAUGCUGUUACUCCCACGAAAAAGAAAGAAAGAUGCUGGUUCAGCCUUCCCUGUAUUUUUUUAUUUAAUUUUAUUUUUGCUUUUUCCUGGUGAUGCUGCCCCAAGAAAUAUUACCAUGUGUUAACCAUUGUGUAUCGCAAGACUGAGUGUUGAGUGAGUUCCUGUAUUUUUGGAUUGCGUGUUGUUUAAAAAUGCCUGGACAUCAUAGGCUCAAAAUUAUCGAGUACCUUGUUCUUGCCUGGGAGGUAUGGCCUUUGAUGAAAGUCGGCCCAUUUUUGGCGGAAGAUGCACUGCGUGUGAUUCCGGUUUUUCUAUGACUGAUGGUGAUUGACUUGUGACGAUUAGUUGACCAUUGAUUAGCUUCUUAUUUCUUUUUUUUUUCUUUUUUAAAGCCUUGAUGGGAGAACUGAGGUUGCGAUUAUAACGAGUUAAUUAGAAACGAGUACUGGUGCUUGUCAUCAUCAAGCCUAUGUUGACAAUUGUCUAAUGCGAAAUAGGAAAAAAUGGAAACUCGAACGUAUAUUGUGACCAUCACUCCGUCCUCCCUCUUUUUUUCUUAUGAUGUUUAGCCAUUCUUUGCAAAAAAUCCUUGAUUUCAUAUCACACGGAUAUUCGCCGCGAUAUUCAUCUUUUUUUUUCGACUUCGGGCCACAAAAGUUACGUUUUCCUCAUCUUCGAGAUAAUAGAAGCUACUGUAUUUUGAGAAGUCAAUGAUUUAUGCUCUCAUGGGAAGUUGGCAGUAUUUUCAGGUUUUGUUCUGCGGUGGCAAUCGUUUUGCUGUUCAUGUUGGUCUGGAAUUGAUUUUUUUUAAGUGCAGGGAUUUUUUUUUCGUAGUCGUAUCGCCGAUAAUCGCGUGUGGUGCUUGUUGUCCAGCAUUUAUUCCUGCAUUAUUGUCAUCAUUUGUCUUCUUCGCCCUUUUUGUUAUGUGCCAAGCUAGUGCGAGAGGGAAUGAUUUUUUUUUUGAAAAGCAAAUCCUAAAUGAAAAGGUAUUUUAAGCAACA